AUAGUGAUGCCCUUUGGACUAACCAACGCGUCAACGACUUUCCAGCGAUGUAUGAAUGACUUGUUUAGGCCGUGGUUAGAUAGGUUUGUUGUAGUGUAUUUGGAUGAUAUUCUAGUGUUUAGCAAGACCCUCCAAGAGGAUCAGGGUCAUCUCAGGCAGGUCUUGGAGAAGCUUAGAGAAGCUAACUUCAAGGCCAACGCAAAGAAGUGUAAAUGGGCAAAGACCCAAGUUUUGUAUGUGGGCCACGUCUUAGACGGAGAUGGCAUCAAGCCAAAGGAUAGUAAGAUUGCAGCGAUCAGGGAUUGGCCUACGCCGCGCACGUUGACAGAGUUGCGGUCAUUCUUUGGCCUAGCGAACUAUUAUAGGAAGUUCGUAAGGAACUUCUCCACUAUUGCUGCGCCCCUUCGCAGGUUGUUAAGGAAAGAAACCAUCUGGAAGUGGGAUAAGGACUGCACGUCUACCAUGAAGAAGUUGAAGCAGGCACUGAUAGAGUAUCUCGUCCUUAAGGUGGCCGAUCCGUCCUUACCCUUUGUCGUCACUACAGAUGCCAGUCAGUACGGCAUAGGUGCUGUUCUGCAGCAAGACGAUGGCAAUGGUUAUAGACCCGUAGAGUUUAUGUCUGCCAGGAUGCCUUCAGAGAAGGUAGCGACAUCUACCUACGAGAGGGAACUCUACGCUCUCAGGCAAGCGUUAGACGAUUGGAAACACUACUUGCUUGGGAGGCACUUCAAAGUCUAUUCCGACCACGAAACGUUAAGAUGGUUAAAGACGCAGGCCAAGAUGACACCUAAGCUUACUAGGUGGGCCGCAGAAAUAGACCAGUAUGAUUUUGAGCUCAAGCCAGUCAAAGGGAAGUAUAAUGUAGUUACGGACGCUCUGAGUAGGAGAGCUGACUACUUUGGAGCAAUAGUUCACUAUUUGGACAUAGGGAGAGACCUGCAGCAAAAGUUCAAAGAAGCAUAUGCGCAGGACCCUAUCUAUAGUGACCUCUUGAAGAGAGUAAAGGAGGCCCUAGAGACUGAGCCAGAUUACCGCACUACUGAUGGACUAUUAUUUGAGAAGACUAACGUAGUUGACCGUCUGUGCAUUCCCAAUAGUGAGGAGAUCUGUAGUCUGAUCCUAGGAAAAUGUCACAACACAGAGGGUCAUUUUGGUUGGCAAAAGACUCUAGCCAAUCUAAUGCACGCGUACACCUGGCCAAGAAUGAAGAAUGACUGCAUAGAGUAUAUCCGCAGUUGUAAAGUUUGCCAGCGGAAUAAGAUUACUACGCGUGCUCCGCUAGGUCUUCUCAUACCCUUGCCCAUUCCUGAUCAACCCGGGGAUUCAGUGUCCAUCGACUUCAUGGACGCGGGUGUCAAGAGCAGGCAUGGCAAGAGCCAAGUCAUGGUGAUAGUCGAUAGAUUUAGCAAGUAUGCUGUUUUUAUUCCUUUGCCUUCAGAGGCACGGACCGAGUUAGUGAUCCGUAAGUUCUUUGAUCAUUGGGUCAGUGAGCACGGGGUCCCAUUGUCCAUAGUUAGUGAUAGAGACACCUGGUUCACGAGUCAGAACUGGCAGGAGUUGAUGAGAGUCUAUGGCUCUUAAGUUGCUAUUGUCGUCUGGCCAUCAUCCCGAGACCAACGGCCAGACUGAACAGAUGAACAAGGUCCUGCAGCAAGUUCUGAGGAUGUACAUUAGACCAGAUCAAGUUGACUGGGAUGAGAUGCUCCCCAAGGUAGCCAGUGCUUACAACAAUAGUGUGCAUUUGUCUACGUGCCGCACUCCCAACGAGUUGCACAAGUCCUUUAGACCUCACAGACCGUUUGAGGGACUUAACCGGGAUCAGAUUCAUAGGCUACCGCCCGGUACUAGGGAGUUCGCUAUACAGCACGAAAAGGAGCUAGCUACUGUUGCAGAGAACCUCAGGAAAGCCCAACAUAGGAUGAUAGAGCAAGCCAACAAACAUGGCCGCCCAUC